CAAGACCAGAACAGAAUGAGUUAUCUACACUUGGGUUGUUCAUCACUAACCUUUCCAACAACCUUACGUUCUGCGAUUCUGAAGCAACCACUGAAUACUACUAAGUUUCCUCUCUGUUCAACCGAAAGACAAACAAAAUCAACAAAAUCCUUCUUUGCAGAUUUCAGAUCGAAAUCCUUGAAAUGGGCAUUCUCAGGGGCUCUCGCGCUCGGCAUUUCUCUUGCGGUUCUUCCAGGAUGUGUGGAGGCAAAAGUGGGUGUGAACAAGCCGGAAUUGCUUCCUAAGGAGUUUACUACUGUCAUUGACGUUGCCGGGUUCCUCUCUGAUGGCCAGGAGAAAAGACUUACCCAAGAGAUAGCUGAUAUUGAAAAGGAUACUGGAUUCAAGUUGAGAGUUUUGUCCCAGAAUUACCCUGAUACUCCAGGAUUGGCUAUAAGGGACUUUUGGCAAGUGGAUGAUAGAACUAUAGUCUUUGUUGCUGACCCCACAUUUGGAAAUAUACUGAAUUUCAAUGUUGGAGCUACAGUCGAUCUAGACAUUCCGCGUAGUUUUUGGAGUCGUUUGGCUGGCAAGUACGGAAAUAUCUUUUAUUGGAAAGAGAAGGGUGAAGAUGCAUCAAUUGAAGCUGCAGUCAUGGCAAUAUCUAGUUGCUUGAGAGAACCUGUGGGCCCAAGUAAUUGCUCUGAGGUAAAGUGACACCAAGACAACAAUGGAUGGCAAGCGAGAAAUCCUUACAUUUUCCUACCUGACAUAUAUUUUCAUGAAGAUGGGCAUGUGUGUAUAUAUAUAUAUAUAUGUAUAUUAUUUUCCGAAAUCUUGAGGAACAUUGCUUGUAUAUUACCAUUCUUCUGAGUCUGACUCGAGUCAGAUACAUCUGAUGUAAAUACAGACGUGAAAUGUGUUUGUCUAUUGACGGUUGUUUUGUUGAGAGAAGACUUUUCAUUUUCAGGGAUA